GCAGUGAGAGUUGCGGACAGCGAGCGACAGCGAGCGGCGGCAGCGGCGGCGCCGUGACGGCAUGUGACGCGCGCCCCGGCCACAGCCGUGUGUGUGCGUGUGAGCGACUGAGAGUGGCGCGCGCGGGGCGCACCGAUGGGCGCCGGCUGAGCGGCCGCGCCCCCCGUGCCCGCGCCAUGCGGCCGGCCAUCGGCUCGGCUCUGCUGCUGAUGUGUGCUCUGCUGGCGGCGCGGCCGGCCGCCGGCCUCAGCACUGACCCGCCGGCGGCCUCCUCGGCCGCCGAGGGCGUCCCCCGUCCCGCCGAGGACCAGGGCGGCAAAGUGAAGCGGAACGUUCGAACCACGGAGGAGAUGCGCAUCUUGUGUUCUGACACUGGAUAUGUGCUGGAACUCCUGCCGAACGGAGAAAUCAACGUCACCAACGACGAGGGCAACAGCCCCUACGCCGUGGUGAACAUCACCGGCACGAAGACAAUCAAAGACAACAAGACUAGACACUACUACACCCUGCGCGGAGUGGCGUCCGGCCGCUACCUCUGCCUCAGCAGGAGGCGCCGACAGCCGUUUACCUCAAGAUAUCUACGGCUAAACCGCUGUCGGUUUCGACUGAAGGCCGUCCGACGAAAACACACCUAUAUCUUCCUGUACGAGCGGCGGGAGGACCGCCAGCUGCACCUCGCCAUCACAGCGCAUGGCGAGGCGCGUAUGAGACCGGUGCGAGUGCCGCCGCGGUACCGGCGCCGCGGGACGGCCGGCCGGCGCCGCGCCCAGUCCCGGGAGCGGGAGCCGGCGCCGGCCGCCACCGAGUCGGCCGCCGAGCUGACCACCGAGCCCAGCUCGCGGUCAGCGCGAGAGCAGAGCCGCCGGCCGCUGCCGACCGGCCGGCCGCGCCAGCAGCGGGCCCAGCGGCGGGCGCAGCGACGACGGAACCGACAGCGCCGCCGGCGCCGACAGCGUCUGAGGAAGGAGCGCCAGCGGCUGAUGGAGGCGAAGCUGCCGGUGGUGCACGAGGCGCUGCGGCUGGAGCGCCAGCGGCUCGCCCAGUUCGCCAAGCGCUGUCGACAGGACGACAGCGGCUCCUGGCAGGCGCGCACCUGCCGCUCUCUGCGCGUCAAGCGCACCUCCACGACGCAGCCGGAGCCGAGCACUCCGCCGGCAGCCGCAGCGACGGCCGCGCCGGUGACGGCGCUGGCGCUGCGCGAGGCCGCCGCAGAC